CCCGUACAUAUCACGGAGAGAGAGAGACUGUCCUAAUAAAUUCCCUCCCCUCACGCUCUGCUACUUCCCCGUUUCUUCAUCACUCUCCCUAUCCCUCCUCACUCUCUUCGUCGCUUUCAAGGUUUUGAUCCAUGUCUUCUGUGCUCUCUCCAUUAGCUUCGCUUCUCCAUUUCCUUGGAUAACUUCUCUCGCGAAACCUUUUCUCUCCUUGCUGUGUGGAAUCUAGGGUUUCCUGUUGUUAGGUACGGGCCGCGGGGAUUUGACUGAGGCGAGUCUGCAGCUGCUCCGGUGGGCUGACGGGCAGUGAUAAUGGCGGAAGUGGACGGUGGGUUCGAGGAUGAAGCUGAGCCGACCAUCUCGAUACAGGAGUACCUCAAGGAUGUCGAGGAGCAAGAACUGGAAGCGGAUUUGGUUUUGGGCGGCGACGAUGGGAAGGAGUGUACCUUUUCGAAAGGUUAUUUAAAGAGGCAGGCGAUAUUCUCCUGCUUGACCUGCACCCCUGAUGGGAAUGCUGGAGUUUGCACAGCUUGCAGCUUGUCAUGCCACGAUGGUCAUGAGAUCGUGGAGCUCUGGACCAAAAGAAACUUUAGGUGUGAUUGUGGAAACUCAAAGUUUGGGGAGUUCUUCUGCAAGCUCUUCCCGAAUAAAGAUACUGAAAAUGUUCAGAAUUCAUAUAAUCACAAUUUUAAGGGUUUGUACUGUACUUGCGGUCGCCCAUAUCCUGAUCCAGAUCUUGAAGAUCAAGUAGAGAUGAUACAAUGCUGCCUAUGUGAAGACUGGUUCCACGAGGAGCAUCUUGGUCUCGAUCCAUCUGAUGAGAUCCCGCGGGAUGAGGAAGGAGAACCUCUAUACGAGGAUUUCAUAUGCCAGACAUGUGCAGCAUCUUGCUCAUUCUUAAACCGGUAUCCUCCUACAAUACUCUCUAGUAAGAAGCAAGGUGGUUCCACACCAAGCAAAAACAAAGGCAUUAUGGAAGAAAUGCCUCUUGCUGAUGGAUCAGACAAAACUGUGAAUGGGGGCCUUGCGAAUAACUUCCAUAAAAUGGAUAAUGUGACAGCCAGUGAUAGUUCUCAUCGCAGCUGUGAAGAAAAUGGUAUUUCUACCGGUGAAACUUCUGCCACUGGAAUGGGGUUAGCUGAUAAUCAAAAGGAAAGUGCUGCACAGAAUACCUGUGCUCUUGCAACUAAUGCAGUGGAUAACCCUGCAGUCAAAGACAGUGAGCCAAUAUUUCUCUUGAAAAAUUGGAGGGAUGCCCUUUGUAGGUGUGAGAAAUGCAUGGAUAUGUACAGUCAUAAGGGCAUCGGUUUCCUGCUUGAUAAAGAGGACACCAUUAUGGAGUAUGAAAAGGUGGCCAAGGAAAAGAGGGAAGAAAAGUUGCAGCAACAGGAGGGCGUUGAGUUAAGUUUAUUGAACAACAUGGGUCAUGUGCAGAAGAUGGAGAUCUUGAAUGGAAUAGCAGACAUGAAAGAUGAAAUCCGCACAUUCCUGGAAUCGUUUGACUCAUCAAAGCCAAUCACAUCUGCUGAUGUCCACCAAGUUUUCGAGAACCUUGCUAAGAAGAGGAGGCGCGAUUAGUGGUACUUCAUUCCCAAAGUUCUCUCGUUUUCUCUGGCAGGCUAAAUGCUGUUUUGAAGUUUAAGCCAGUUUGGUAGCUAUGUACUUGUCGACUUGAGUUAGAGACAUGCUCUCCUGAUGUGAUUAACUUUGUAACAGGUAGGAUUUGUUUCCUAAGUAUGACUUGUUAGAUUCACGUGCUAUUCCAUAUUUAACUGCUGGUGUGGAACCUCGUAGAGGUAGCUGUGGAGGAUCAAUAUAAAGCUCGUUAGAGCAUUCCCUUGCCAUUGCAGAUAUAAUCACUUAUAUAUGCUCAACGACACACUACUUUUUGACCCUGAGAAAGCUCUCUUCAACAUGUUAUUGCAACUCAUGUACUUUCAUAAUCACCGUUCACACUUCACAUCAGAUGUAUAGAUUUGGCGCAAAUGUUAAAGCACUAUGAUAUUUUGUAUUGAAUUAUCUUGUAUGUCGCAUAAUA